CGGAGGGCGGCCUGGCCCCGCCUGCCUGCAGCCGGGCGGGCUGCGAGCGGUGGGGCGGCGACAUGGCGGCCUCCCUGGGGCGCGCGGCGGCCGGUAAUGGGGGGCCGAGCGCGGCGGGGCUGCUGAGAGCGGGGCUUCUUACCAGACUGCAGACUUCAGCUUCAACAUUACGGACUUUAUUAUCAAAUUCUUUUUCUCAAAACAUUCCAAGCUGUUUGUGGAAAUUGGGCCGACUUAAUCACGUAGCAAUUGCAGUACCUGAUCUGGAUAAAGCUCAGUCCUUGUAUAAAGAUGUGCUAGGAGCACAGGUGAGCGAGACUGUGGCUCUUCCUGAACAUGGUGUCUACACUGUCUUUGUGGAGCUGGGAAAUACAAAGCUGGAACUUCUACACCCUUUAGGAGAGAAAAGUCCCAUUGCAAGCUUUCUGCAAAAGAAUAAGACUGGAGGGAUGCAUCAUAUCUGCAUUGAGGUUGAUGACAUAAAAGCAGCAAUGGCAGAACUGAAGAAAAAAAAGAUUCGAAUAUUGAGUGAAGAGCCAAAAAUAGGUGCACAUGGUAAACCUGUGAUUUUUCUUCACCCUAAAGAUUGCCACGGAGUCCUUGUGGAACUUGAACAAGCCUGAGCUGCAAUAUUCAUAAAUAGGACAAUAAAUGAAUUGUGAAGUUACUGAGCUGGUGCUGAGAAUAUUGAUGUGCUAUUCACUCUUUACAAAUUCACUGUAGUUCCUGUGGAUUAAGUACAGCUUUUGAGCAAUAAGAUAGUGCUGCAGAUUUCUUUUUCCCGCAUUUGAUUUUCAGAAUCAGUAUGUUGACAUUUCUUGAAUUCACUGUGAUUCUCAAGAUGUAUACCUAAGCCAAGUUGCAUUUAUAACAGUAAUUUUGUUCUGUUGCCUCAUGUUCUUGCCGCAUGGCUUUACUUCUGUAACCACAGAAACUGUACAGUUUCUAGGUCAUCCCACAUUAUUUUGUUCUACAUUUUAAAGCAGAGACCCAAUUCUCAGUGACAACAGUAAAAGCUUAGAUACUCCCUUUAGAAAUAAAGGGAAAAGGAACACUGUACUUUUUGUUUUCACCAUUCACUGUCUGUGCUUCAUGAUGAUUGACUGGUUCAUGCAAUAAAUAAAUCCAUAUGUUAUUGUAUGGCUAUCUGAAAUCAUUAAAUACCUUUUCCUUGGCAUAACAAUUACUAGUGAGGAAGUUACAAGCAUAAAUCAUCAUGUAGUUGUUUUACAAACUCUGCAUAUGCAGGCAACGGGAAGAAAGUGUCUGAAAAAUUACUUGACUGAGAUAUAUUUCAGACUUUCAGAUGCAUCUUUUUUGUCAGGUAGUGAAUAUUUGUUUUCAGAUUUUAUCCAUGGGAAGAUCUCUGAGAGACACCUGAACAAAUAGUGGGAAAUCACUUGCUUUGUAAAUAUUGUUUUCUAAUGCAAAAGUGCUUACAGAAUCACUGGAAAGCAUAAGAAACAUGAGUCUUGUUGUGUACAGUCUCCUCACAUCAAAGAGCAUGCCAGUGUACUUAGUUUCUCAUACACUGCAGUCACAGUUUGUUGGCUUAUUCAUGGCCAGAAUUCCCUUUAUUUGUGCAUGUUGAGCAAGCAGUGUUUGUCCUGAUACUUUUCUACGUUUGUUUUGAUAUCAACUGUAGAAAUUGAAUAUUUUCUGUUUCUCUCAUUAUUUUUCCCAAUCCGUAGAGAUAAUAUUUUUACUAGCUAAACCACAACCUGGAUUUUUUAUUUUCCUACAUCCCUGCACAUACUGUGAAUUGCUCCACCUUGAUCUAAAAUAAGUUAAUUUUAUUCUAGGAUUAAAAAAACCCUCAGUUUUAUCAUGUUUAUCUGCAAUUAAUCUACCUGGAUUAAAAAAAAAAAAAAGUAGUAUAUCAGUUUGUUUUCAUUAUUACCAUCUUUACCCAGUUUAUCAUAAGUUUUGGAAUAACUUUUGUUUUGAAGCCACAGUUUCAGCAUUUAAAACAGUUGUGAGACUGACAACUUGGAAAGCUGUGAAUGAAUGACAAGGGAAACUUCUGCUCACCACUUCCUGAAUGGAUAUCUUUCUUAAUGCACAUGCAGAAGUAUUGCUGCAUAUUGUUAAGGACAGUCCUUGGAUUUGGACUGUCUUGCUAUGGCAGAUUAAUGGAAAUUGGUGUGACCAAGAAGAUCUCACUGGAAAACAGUGGAAUGUGGGGAUGUUGAGAUACUAACAGAAAGUGCUUAGUUGAUUCUCUCCUUAUUAGAAAUUCUUCCUCUAGUGAUAUGGACUUGGGUUUGUUGGACUCAUUACAUUAAGAGAAAAAGGUAAGAGUUAAUUGUUUCAGUAAAUACUCAUUUGCUUUAUCAGUGUAUUUGUCUUUUUGGUGAAAUUAUUAGACUGCGAAGCAGAAGAAAAUUCCUAGCACUUCUCAUGUUGUUACUGGGCUGCACUAGAAAGAGGAAGUUAACUGAUAGUUUAAAUCACGGAAUGUUGAAUCAUGUAAGAUUAAUGUGGGAAAUGGAAACUAACAUCUUAUAAAGGACUUACUUAUAACUUACGAACUUACAAAGGAAUUGGCCAACAUUUAAAAAUGGAAGAUCUCCCCUUCUUGGAAACACAAACUCUAUCACCUUUGAUAAACAUUUUCAAAGCAGUUUGAAUGUUUUAUGAAAUGUAAAUGUAUUUUAUUGUGAAGGUGGAAUGUUUACCUCCUAAAAUUGUAUAGUCCUUUAGUAUCUAUAACAUUAUGCUAUCUCUGGUGUUUCAUGGUCAUUUGUACUGUCACAUUUUUAAGAGCACUGUUAACUGCUAAAUAUACAGCAUAGAUUCACAAGUUAGGAAGAGUUCUUCCAAACAUUUUAAGUAGAUAUAUUUUGAAGCACUUUGUGACAUUUCUAGAUGUAAUAUAAAGUGAUCUGUAACUGUUAUGCUUUGUUACCAUAAAAAUAGUACAGAGGUACUAAAAUCUUCCAUAAAAUGUUUAAUGAACCUUUUUA